UCCUCGCCUCACUGAGAGAUAUGCGAGACUGUCCCGGCCACCCAUGUCUUCUACGAGCACGGUAGCCAGCGUCAUAACAUCGCUGCAAAACCACCUCCAACAUUUGUCGGCGUGGGAGUUUCGAUGCCUGGACGAUGAAGACGUGCCCUGGCUACCGCGGCUUGAAGUGCUGCCCCUGCACAUCACCGUCCGAGAGAUCGUGCGUGUUCUUGAAGCGUCGGCCACCGUGUCCUUAUGCCUGCGUCGGGUCGCCUGGCUCUACUGUUGGCUCAUGCCGAGAAACAGGGCCGGCCCGUGGAUGCUGUACCGCUUCGACCCCUCGGAGCUGCGGGUUGGCAGCAUUACGAUUGUUAGGGCUCUGUCACGCACGCUGCCUGCUAUGGGUCGGCCCACAACGUUCAACGCUAGUUACGUCCACGGGACGUUAUUCGUCUGCAUGAUAAUGCGUUCCGGCUCGUGUCCAACUAGCAGGCGCUACGCAGUCGUGUUGCUGGUGCUUCGGCACGACCAGCGAUGUGCGGUCGGGCACGCCGAAACGCCGGAGGACCACCGUGCACUCGCGACCGCCCUUCACGUCGCUCUGUACGGUUCAAGCGUGGAAGUACCGCAAAGAAUGUUUGCGGACAUAGAUUCUGCGUUCAGCGCGGUCCACACAGGCAAUGACGGUCCAAUCAUGCUGCGAGUGGACAGUGACCCAAGCAUCGCAGCGCCGUUUGUAUCGAGUUCUUACCCACAAGAGCAAGAGCAUAUGCAGGACCUAAGUUUCAACGUGCGCGAGCGAGGUGAGGCCCCUUAACAAGACAGUACCAGUACGUAAAUGAACCGGUAGCGAGGUGUAGCCAUACACAUCUUUCAGUAGGAGCUUCGCAUCCACGAUGGGAAAGCAUUGACACGGGGCACGGAGACUAUGCCUAUGAGACUGCACGCUGCGAGCCAUUACAAGACAUAUCAAGUACACCGUAUGAAAGGAGACACUGGACACGCCGUCAUAACGUCCAGAAUGCAAGAUCUAGAUUGUCAAGGCUUCAAGACAGUGCAGAAAAAGCAGCUGCAGAACUACAUACUGGCUUUUGCAUACGGCAUGACUGCUGCAAGGUCUUCAUUAAUUAUUUCACUCCUAUGUAGCACGUCGCCACUUCCGUAUGGAAGCCGGCACAGUGCAAGACAUUUAGCAAGACUCGAAGUGCCAACCAAGCCAGGAGAGUACCACAGAAUAGCUGUGUUCAUAUUGAUCUCUUCGAACUUUUUAGACGAAGCGCGGAAUUGAAAAGGUGUCCCUCCGGCCAUCGUGACGAAGCUGGCUGAAUUGGCUGCUUUAGACAUUUUAAAAACCGUUUGUUUGUGACGUGACCACAUGCAUAGAAGGCUGAAAUAUCUAUCCAUAGAGCAAUACGAACGCUCGAGUUAUCAUUUUCCUCAAAAUCGUUCAAACCUUCUUUUAUCCAUUGACAAAAAAUAAAGAAAAAUCGUUCCAUUUCGA